CUACUACUCUUACUUUGUUACGGUAAUUCGACAAUUUACGGCUUUACUCUGGAUUAUUUCAACGUGAUCCUACUUGCUGGAGAGAUUCGGCUAGUGUGGGUGUGCUGUCUGCGGGAAAAAAACUGCGUUGAUCUUUAUGGAACGUAAUCGGAUAAGCUGUCCUUUCGUAAUUUCAGCGAGAGCAACGUGCAAAAUGAUAAGUUCAGAGCAAAUGACGACAUGACGGUGAAUGAUCUCACUGCUGCGGAAUGCUCGUCUAUCGCUUGAUUGCUUUCCACCAGCCUCGCUUUCACAGCUCAGGGAGGAGCGAUUUGAAAGUCGGUGAUCGCGUUUUGACGAAAUUAAACACAGCGGCUGGGAAGAGCCCUCGAAGCAAAGAUGAUGGUAUGGUUAAGACCGACCUCAAAACGGAGAUCGCUUCUCCUAGGGUGCUUUUUCGUGGUAACUUUAAGGACCAUGUUGUUUGUGAUUCAGUUUUACAAGGAAGAAACAGCUAGAACUCGGAAACCUACCCGUGUGCUAGCAGGUGGGGGUAAACCACCGGUUCUUCCUCCGCCGGUUUGGAAUAACCUAAUCAAGUGGAAGAAAGAAGACUUUCCUAAGCGGCAGCGAAAACGAUUGAUACUGUACUGGUCGGGAGUUAGGGGACAUAAGGUGCCCGUACAAAAGAGUAGCGUGAAUCAUACAAAUUAUUGGCCGUUUUUUUACGCUGGUCAACCCGGGGAAUGCCCCGUGCCGUGUGAGCUAUCCAACGAUCAAUCACGCGCUGCAGAAGCUAGUGCGUUUGUUGUUCAUGCUAGACCACCGGAAAUCUCGAAUCUUCCGCCGAUUCAACAUUUAGCUCCGUGGAUUCUUCAAACUAACGAAAAUCCUGUUUACACGCCGACGUUGUAUAACCCACGUAUCAUGUCGCAGUUCAAUUUACUUAUAAGCUAUCGCCUGGACUCGGAUUUUCCUGCUCCGAUCUAUCCCAUGCCUGAGUUAGAUCCACCUAUAGCAUUCCACAAGCGACAGGGAGAUAUUCUUGCCAUCUUUUCUAAGUGUGAACCCGUUAGAACGGAAUACCAGCGGCAACUCAUGAAAUAUAUUCAAGUGGACUCUUACGGCGCAUGCCUCAAGAACAAAGAGGGACUUAUAGGAUUGUACGGGAAAAUCAACAACAAAUAUGUCUUCAAAGACCACAAGCUUGUUCUAACGAGGUAUUACAAGUUCUCUUUGGUUUUCAUGAAUCAAGACUGUGAUUAUUUCAUAGACGACAGGCUCUAUCAUGCUCUCACCACGGGCUCGGUACCAGUUUUCAUGGGCACUGACAAAGUGGAUGAGUUUUUACCUGGAAAUCUCAAAAACUCUAUCAUCAAAGUUAGCGAUUUUAAAAGCCCCAAAGAAUUAGCAAAGUAUCUAAAAUAUCUCAGUAACAACGAAACUGCAUAUAAUAAGUAUUUAGAAUGGAAAUGGAAGGGACUAGGAAACAUUUUAAACACAACUAUCGGCCGUUGGUGGAAACCGCGGCACCCGCUUUUUUGCCAGGUAUGCAUGGCACUGGCCAAGGGAAAGCUGCAUCGCGGAUUAAGGCUAGACUAUUGUCAACCGCGCCGCUACGAGGACUGGGGACUAAAGGACCCUAAUGCUAAAGUCCCAAAUCAUUAUAGCACGUUUCUUUAUGUUGGUUUUGUAUUUUUUGUGAUCGUUAUACUGGUAUCAUGAAGUGCUCUAAGAAAGGCCCAAAUACAAUUAUUAUUAAUUUUUAGACUUUCAAUCCCAGAGAAAGUUUGACAGCGAGAAGCGAAGGGAAGACAACUUGGAGCUGGUAGGAUCGGACCAAAGUUGCUCGCCACCUAUGAAUCAAAAAUUAUUUAUGGCGAAUUUGCCCAUCGUAAGUUCGCCCCCUAACGUAAAAAAAGCUCACCCCCGGCCACCUUGAUCAGUUCACCCAAAAACCUUUGGACUCGUUUCUCUACCAUAGAACGUGUUUAUUUCCUAUUGAAAUCAUGAUAUUUUUGCGACUAACAUGCAAGCUAUUUAUAACGAAACCAUACUGAAGAAGGUUCGAUCAAAAUGCAAGAAUGAGUAGAAUGAUGUGGGGGGCGAACUGGUAAAUAGUGGGAGCGAACUCGUUUAAAAUUAGGGGGUGAACUCGCAUAGGUGAUAGUGGCAAACUCUCAAGGGGGAAAAUUCACCAGGUACUUUCAAAAACAUGGAAAAUGAAAGGAAGUAAGUUACUCCUAGACUUGCUAUUUUUGAUACACUUUUGUGAUUUUAUUUCGUAGCCCAACUUAAGUUUAAUAGGCUCUGACGCGAGGUAGAUUUGGAAAUGACUUUGAAUGAGUUUCUGAGUGUAAAUAUUACGCUAAAGAAAUUUCUUCGAAAUGAAACUGAAGGAUGUUCCCUGUAAAUCAUACUAUACACUUGACGAAAAAGCACCCUGAUUUAGGAUAUCAUAACUAAAGGUCACUUUUCCAUCUGUUGUCUGUAUAUAUAUUCGCAGUUGGUCUCCAAACAGUUUUGUGUUUUUAUGUUUGCAUUUGGUUGUCGUAGGAGACGAGCACAUGAUCUCUUUUCCAGCACUAAGUCCUCUGCCCCGGCCUGGAAAGCGUCGAGAGAACAGCGUUAGCUAUUUUACCCGGCGUGACAUUCUGACUUUGAUGUUUCGGAUCGAUAGUAGAUACCUCAAGUCGAAACUUGUAAUUGUUCAGCAUUCAGCCAUGUGCGUACUAUUGGUGUAGCAAAGCAUACUUUUAAUGAAAUACCGCCAGGCUUAUAGCUUAAUGUAGUUUGUGAGAAAGUUAGUUCAGUUUUUAAAUAAAAAAACUUCCACGAAUAUC